AUGACACUUGUUUUUCACAAAAGGCCGAUAUUGCUGAGUGCAAAAACGCUGCAGUCACUACUGGAUAAGUACAGUACUUACUCAGAUGAGAUAAAACCAUCAGGAACAGAUGAGGAAAGGUACGAAGAGUAUCUCAGUGCCGCAAAUUUGCUCUCUGGAAGCAUAGAGACAAUCAAAAUGAGCAGAAACGCUUUUCAGGCAUUGAUAGAUAAAUUGCAAAAAGAAUAUGAAGAAGCAAGAUCUAAGGGAAAUAAAAAAGACCUCACAAAUGAAGUUGAGGAGAUUGAAAAUGACGCGCAAUUCAAUGAAAGGAUUGCAAAGGCAAACGAAAUGGUAUAUAUACUAAGUGCCAGAGUCACAGAAGCACGGAAUCACAUGGGAAAACUUGCAAGGAAGAUGGGAAUAACUCACAGAGAGCCCACAAAACAAAAACCUGCAAGAAUAAAUGAAACUCACGCAGAUCAGCAGACCGCAACAGAGUCAACUGCGACUGAGGAAACCGAAGAAGGUUCUUCACAAAAUGACGCCAUUUGGAACAACAAUUCGGAAGACAAUUCAAAUUCCGAAAAAAGUAGAGAAGACGAUGAAGAUUUCAUAUGUCGUACUCUCAAACCAAGGCAACUAAGUUUGCCACGAUUCUACGGGGACGAAGAAGAGUUCCCUGAAUUUUGGGCAAUAUAUGAAACGCUCGUUGACCAAACAGCAAAGAAUGAUGCUGAUAGCUGUAUGAACACGUUCGACAAAAUUCGAAUGCUCGUGAAUCAAAUGGUCUCUGCAGGCCAAAAUAUACCACAAAUGCAAGAUGCGAUGUGGACAGAGAAAAUUUUGGAGAAAUUUCCUUACACUAUAGUGAAAAACGUUCUUGUUACAAUUCAAGAUCAAGAUGAAGUGAAAAUAGAAGAUGUAAUGGAUCAUCUUGAGAAGGAGAUUAAUGCAAAAAAGUUUGUAGACGCACGUUUAAAAGGUCGUGUAAAAUUUGAAAACCAUCCGAACCGAAGACAAUACGGUGUGGAUGUUACAGAACCCCCAAAAUUGGGAAAAAUUUGUCGUUUUUGUGACAACUCAAAUCGUAUAUCAGCGAACUGCCGAACAAUCACUGAUAUCAAAUCAAGGCGAAAUAUGGUGAAAGAAGCCAGACAAUGCUGGAAAUGUUUCUCAGAAGAACACAGCAGUUAUGACUGUCAGAAACCAAAUUGUCCUAAAUGUGGCAAAAUGCACGAUGUAAGCCUUUGCAUUUCCACUUCAAAUGAUGGUACCAGGACAAGAUAUAGCGCUGGUGACCGAUCGCGCAAUCAAAGCUCCUCCAAUACCGUACCAGUUCCAAGAAAUAACACUACUACUCGGAAUCAAUACGGCAAUGGCCGCAAUAAUGGUAACGUCCGCAACAAUCAGCAGACAAAUCCUCAUACAGCUGAUCACAGUACUAACCAUUCAGCCGAAGGUUCCGUGUACAUUGACAAAAGAAAAGAGCAAGUAGUCCUGAUGACUGCCGAAGGAAAUGUUUGGAAUAAUAACACCAGACAAUCCGAAAAACUCCUGUUUUUCUUUGACACUGGAGCUGAAAAAACCAUCAUUAGAGAGCAGACCGCAAGGGAAUUUGGUCUUCCGACUCAGAAAACCGAAAUCUGCACAAUGUCAGGUAUAGGUGGACAUACCGAAAAAUAUCAAACAAACAUUGUCCCCCUCAAAAUCAGCAAUGCCUUUGGCAAGGAGAUCCAUAUGACGAUUCAAACCAAGCCAAUUAUCACCAAUGGCUUUUCGUCUGUACGUCUCAACGAUGCAGAUAAACAAUACCUCCAAGACAAUGAGAUUUGCAUAAACAAUCCGAGAGUUCGCGGUGAACAUCAAAACCCGCAAAUAUUAGUCGGUCUAGAUAACUAUUACGACCUCGUAAACACAGUUGACACUAUAACUUUGCCAUCUGGAUUACGCACUGCGCGUACGGUAUUCGGACCAACGGUACACGGCAAAGGGUCAAUCAAUUCGCAGCAAGAAGCGACAACGAUAACACAUGGCCUCAGCCUCGUUCAAGAACAGAAUGAAUCAGAAAUUCUACAGAAGUUGUUCGAACUAGAUGGUUUAGGAAUAUCAUCAGAAGAAUGUACUAAGAACGAAAACACAUUCGAGUACUUCAAAAGCUAUUCGAAAUCAAUAUCGUUUGAAAACGGCGUUGUAACCGUACCCUUUCCCUUGAAAGAUAAUGUCAUCGACCUAACGGAUAAUUACGGAAUAGCGUACCGUCGAUUGAUUUCGUUACAAAGACAACUAUCAAAUAAUAUCCACCAACGUGAGUGGUAUAACAAAAUAAUGAACGAUUAUAUCCAAAACGGAGUUGUCGAAUUAGUCCACGGACAAAAUAAAAAUUCGGCCGGCACUUACUACAUGCCACAUUCCGGAGUUUGGAAGCCAGAAAAGGCAAAACCAUUGAGGAUAGUAUUUGAUGCUUCCUCUAAGAGAGUCGGACAGCUUUCGCUGAAUGAUGUGAUCUACACAGGAGAAUCCUUCGUGAACAAAAUUCAUGAUGUUCUAGUUGCAAGUAGAACCAGUGGAAUUAUUCUUUUAUGCGAUAUUGAAGCGGCUUUCACGCAAAUCAGACUAGUGGAAGAUCAUAAAGAUUUGUGUCGGUUUUUAUGGCUGAAAGACAUGAAUAAGCCUCCAAAUCGAGAUAACAUAGCAGAAUACAGAUUCAAUCGUUUGCCCUUCGGUAACACCUCGGCACCAAGUAUUCUUAACAUGGCCAUUCUGGCAUAUUUAAAUCACAAGAAUACUCCGCUCUCACUGGAGAUUGCAAAACAUAUUUAUGUGGACAAUAUUCUAUUAUGCGCCACCACCAAAGAGGAAGCACUAGAAAAAUAUACUGCUUCAAAGAAUAUUUUCCGUGAAAUCGGCAUGAAUUUACGAGAAUAUAUUUCAAACUCUGCUGAAGUUAACAGAGCUAUCCCAAGAGAGGAUAGAGCGCCCACAGACAACAUAAAACUUCUUGGCGUCAAAUAUGACACCAAAUCGGACGAAUUUGUGAUGAAAGUUACAAUUCCACAAAAAGAAAAACUAACCAAACGCGAUAUUGUAAGCCAAAUAAACUCGAUCUAUGAUCCCGUAGGCCUCGCAAGCCCACUGAUUAUAAAACUGAAGUCUCUAAUGAGAGAAAUUUAUGAUACAGGGAUAGAAUGGAAACAAUACGUUCCGCAAGCGCUGUGUAUUAAAUGGAAUUCUGUAAUGCAAGAGAUAAACAAUGCAUGUAUAAGGGUCAGUCGACCAUUGCUACGUUCUCCCACGUCUCACACCUCAAGAAUUUCCUUAUGGGUGUUUUGUGACGCCAGCAAAAUGGCAAUAUCGAUAUGCGCAUAUCUGAGGUGCGAAAACACUAAUGAGAUCACUUCAUUGAUUAGUGGAAAGAGCAAGCUAACACCAAAAAAGAUCCAGCAGACUAUACCACGCUUGGAAUUGUUGGCUAUCUUAAUAGGACUGCGAAUGGCGAAAACCAUUCUUGAUUCAAUAAACAUUGAAAUUAUUUCCGUAAAUGACGCCAGUGAUAGCGAAAUAGCACUUCAGUGGAUAAGGUCUUCACGCAAACUUCCGAUAUUCGUGACUAAUCAGAAGGAUCGCAUUUUGAGAUUGAAGACUCAAAUCGAAGUCAAAUCCAUCCCAGUACAUCUAUUUCAUGUUCCAACACAUCAUAAUCCAGCAGACGUUGGAACUCGAGGCACAACGGCAAGCCUCAUCAGUGAUCAUGAUUGGGUGAGAGGACCCAGAUGGCUAGAGCACGACCAGCAAACUUGGCUUAUUCGAUCCAUAGAUAACCUCAGCUGUGAUCAGUUUUACGAAGAAAUAGAGGACAAUCAACAUGUGAAUGUUGAAACCACAAACGAGUCAGCGGAAUCAUCCCGUUUAAUAAUAGAUCUAGCUCGUUUCUCUCGCUACAAAACAGCUCUUCGAACAUUCUCAGUUGUUGGAAAAUUGCUGAGUAAAUGGGUGAAACGGUGCAAUUACACCAGGUCAACAUCGAUUACACUAAACGUACUCUCCCUCUAUACAAAUGAAGAUGUCAUUGCUGCGGAGGAUAUGGAGAUCUCUGAGAAACUCAUCUUAGCAGCUAUCCACGAAAACAUCAACGUGCAAAAAUUGCAGAAACGAUUCCCAAAUCAGAAGAUUAUCAGAGACGAAAAAGGUAUCAUUCGAUACAAGUCACGCAUUCAGAACGCCAAUUUGCCAUAUGAUGCAAAAAUGCCAAUUUUCAUCCCGAAUUACUCGGAACUAGCCAGGCUAAUCAUUCAUGACCUGCAUUAUGGAAACGCACACUACGGCAAAGAACAGACAUUAGCGCUGGCAAGACAACGAUUUUGGAUUCCCCAGCCAUCUAGAAUGAUCAAGAAAUAUCUGCGUACAUGCAUUACGUGUAAGAAAUGCCACGGAUUGCCAUAUGGAGCACCAGAGAUGCCACCAUUACCAACAGAUCGGGUAAUAGUAACCAAACCCUUUGCCAAUGUUGGAUGCGACUAUAUGGGACCAUUUGAGUCAAACGUCAAACAGAAAAUAAUUGAAGCGAUAAUUAAUACUCGUCCGUUGACAAAAGUAAGUGCAACGGAUCUUGAUGAAAUACCGAUAAGACCUAUCGAUUUCCUACAAGGAAAUCUAAAGUACUCUAUUCCAAGCACGCAGUUACAGUGCAGUAAUGGCGAUACAGUAUAUGAUCCCGAGUUGCUUCAGACAGUUGCGCAAGCACAGGAAGCAUUAAUGUUUUCGGAAACGAUCGCUACAGUAUUUUGGGAGCGAUGGAACAAAGAGUAUCUUACAUCCUUGAGAGAUAACCAGAGAGUGCUACUAAAACAACCGCGGCAUGUGACAAAUACACCGCAAAUUGGAGAAAUUGUACUUAUUGAGCAAGAAUUUCUUCCACGUGGUAACUGGAUGUACGGCAAAGUACUAGAAACAGUACCAAGUGCAGAUGGUCUUGUAAGAUCAGCGAAACUCCUUACGCCAAACAAAAGAGUUAUCCAAAGACCACUCAACAAGUUGUAUCCCUUAGAAAUACGUAGUUCUGUGGAAGACUCACAUCUAGAACUCGAAAAAGACUCCACUUCUGAGCGGGAGAUACACCAGAAAGAAAGAGUAGAUUCAGCAGAAUCAUCUUCCCGCAGAACUCGUCCAACUAGACAAUCGAAAACACAUGCCUUAAAAGUCAUCCAAGAAUUUGAAAGAAGUCUUGACCGACCUUCUACUUCUUCAAUGACAGCGACAGCACAUGAGAACAACUCAAUAAAGUGCAACGAAGGAAGAGUAGAAAUAGUGCCUCCUUCAUCAAGAUUUGAGCUUUGCAUCAACGCAAUGUGCAGAAUUAUGUCUAACGUAUCGAAAUCGUAUAUAUUUGAAUUGGAAAAAUCAUCAUUAGAUGAAAAUAGCACGAUUACGUUACGCUCUGAAUGGGAGAGCUCAGUGGUCUUCUCGACUAUGCAGUGCGAACCGCCAGACUUUUGCGAAAAAUCGGCCUUGCUGAUGAGCAAAGAUCUUAUAGGUAAUCCUCACUGUUGGCCACUUGGAGCCAUAAUCACCUUAACAAUGUUAGUUUACCUUUCGAUCAAUAGCAUCAUGUUGAUCAUAUGGUUAAUUAAAUGCACACGAAAUGCAAAACGGAAAGGAACUCCGAAUUCCACAUCCGAAGAAGAAACAAUUCCAAUGAGAACAUUCAAUCCACAUCCGAUCAAUAUACCGUCCGCCUUGUUGAUUUGUGUCACACUCUUGGCACUAGCAAGCAAGUUUCAUUAUUCUUCACUAGAGAGACGAAACUCAAGAUCUACCACACAACGAGAUGCUCACAAAUGGGCUCUUGCACUCAGUAGAAUUAGGCUGGACGAAGUAAUUCCUGAGUUCAAAAGAUCAUCUCCAUAUCCAGGAUACUCAAUUUGUGGUAGCACAUGCGGCGGUAUAGCAUGCGGUUGCUUCCUACCAUUUCCAGCAUGUACGUUUCUGAGGAUUGCUCAUGUUCCGAAGAAGACGCAGACUGUCUUUGAAGUAGUAAGUUGCAUGGAAUGGCAACCAGUAAUCCAAAUUGACGUCGAUUUCAUGCUUUAUAAUAAAGGAAAGCUGAAAUCUUUCAGUUUACAACCUUAUGUUACACAAAAGUAUGAUGAACUGUCACUGACAGUCAUUUCUUUGCAAAAACCUCAUUCUCCAUUGAUGGACAAAAGAUUCGCUGUAACCCCAAUGGAGGCGAUGAUGCUACCAGAUCAUUAUCAACUUCCCGUUGAAUGCGAGUCAGAAGCAUCUGCUCUCGAUGCCUUUGUGAACUGCACAAAUCGCAUGAUCUGUUCUUGCGAAAAUAUGAAAGCACCGCAAACAUGUCAGUGUCCACAUGAUUCACUCCAAAAUUUGAGGAAAGAAGUGUCAAAUGUAAUGCCCAUACGCACUCCGUUCACGGAAAUCUUCAGUGAUAGCAAAGAAAUCUAUGCGCUCUCCAAGCAAGGAGAGCGCAUAGAUUUCUUUGCUUAUUGGAGGCACUGA